GCAAAUUUCUCAUAGUCAUGCCGAACGCUGAUGUAAACAGGAAGGGAGAAAUAGGUUAUGCUUAGCAUACGUCAUUUAAGUCUUGUUGGAGGAAAGUUAUAUUUUGGAAAUUUUGUUGACGAUGCGUUUAUGACAGGCGACGAAUUAUUCGUUUUCUGAUUUUCAAACCAAGGUGUGACUAUGAUUGAGGCGGUUGCUUCUCUUUUGACGGGCCCAGUAUAUUUAGCAGGAGAAAAUGUUGAAUGUAGCAUUACUUUCUCUAAUCCACUGGUUGCCAGGCACACCACAUCUCAGAGUUACAGUGAUGGGUUGGAGAGUCUUGCCUGGGCAAGUGCCCAGAUACACUGCCAGUGUUCCACCAAUGCCAAGGUCGCUCAUCCGAAAAGCAAUACUUUGGCAGCGGAAGAACUAUCAAUUACAAACAAAGAUACCUCCUUUGCCCCAUGUAGAGGGGAGAAUGGCCAUGUUGUGAUGUCAACUAAACCCAAAAUAUUACUUUGUGAUUUGAGACUUGCUCCAGGAGAAGUAAAGACUUAUAUUUAUCGGGAAACUUUACCCAGUGAAGCUCCCCCAUCUUAUCGAGGGCAAGCAGUGAAAUACUCAUACAAGAUAACAAUUGGCAUGCAACGUGUGAACUCCCCUAUAAAAUUGUUGAGAGUUCCAUUUCGAGUUCUUGUUGUUAAUGGUCUUCCUGAUUUGAGUGUUUGUGGAGACAGUGAAGAUUUGGCACCCAGCAAUCCAUUUUUAGAAACUGAGGAAAAAGAAACACCCUUAGAUGUCUCCCUUCAAGUAUUACAAAACAUUACUGCACGCAGAACUCCUAACUUUUACAACAUUACUAAUCAAAGGGGGAAAGUAGUACGGUUUUGUCUUUUCAAGAACUCUUAUAAAUUAGGAGAAGAUAUUACUGGAACUUUUGACUUCUCGUCAACAACUGUGCCUUGUGUGCAGUUUUCAGUAACUCUACAGAGUGAGGAAGAGAUUGCCGCCGAUAGCCGUCGUUGGGCGAAACAAUCCUCAGCUGUGAUUUCAUACAGCAAACAUCACGAAGUAUGCCUCAGCUUAAAAUAUUCUCAGCUCAUUUUACCUAUACCUCUCCACAUAACACCAGCUUUCACAACUCCUUUGGUGUCUCUGAAGUGGCGGUUACAUUUUGAAUUUGUGACAACCACUACCCCACUAAGUCAGCAAGUGAGCAGUGAUAUCAAGAGCAAUAUGUGGCAGGGUCCAGGUGCAUUGGAUAUAGAAACAAUGGUGUGGAAUCUUCCUGUCAAUAUUUAUCCAACAACACCUUCACAAGUUGCUCAAGGGUUACAAGCCCAAACAAAAUACUCAAUAGCCUUGUGAGUAUGAGUUGUGUAAGGGCAACGUGUUAAGUGAUGAAGGUGUGUAUCAUUCGGCUUGAAGUAACAUGCUAAAUUUGGGUGGCAUUGUGUCAUUCACAUCAAUUUUGCCCAAAGAUUGUAUGAGUUGCAGGGGCGGGAGCAGAAGAGAUUUGCACACCACAAUGCCACCUCUGUUAAGCAUGUUACUGGGUAGCUUCCAGAUUGUCUGUGUGUUAUUGAGAGGGCUGAUUGAAUCUUCCAGCCUUUGUGCAUGUACUUUAUUUAACUAUGAUGAAUAUUAAAUAUUUUAACUAGUUGCAUCAACAAUAAAUGUAUAAAAAUUCUGAAAGUA